AAAAAAUGUAAAAUGAGGGACGGGACGGUGGGUUUACUCUAAAAGGGAAGGAAGUAUGUUGGAACUGUUUGUAUUGAAUUGGAAAUUGCAAACUGAAGUAAAGAUUAACGAAGAAUUCCGAAAUUCAACUUUAAAAAAAAAACAACAACAUAUGAUUAACCAAAGAACUGCAAUUUCACACCGUGUUUGGAUCACACGUGGGCCUAAAUUGUGGGGAAGCAUCCAAAAAACGUACUUUUGAUAAUCUGUGUUUGGUUUGCCAACAGAAAUAAAAAAGAACCAUAUAGCCUAUUUAUAGUCGUUAUAUUUUUCAAUAAAUAUUCAUAGUUUAUUGCACAAGGAAAAAAGAAAAAGACCAUUAAAAUGGAUAAAUUCCGCAUGAUUUUUCAGUUUUUGCAGUCCAACCAGGAAUCCUUUAUGAAUGGCAUCUGCGGGAUUAUGGCGCUAGCCAGCGCGCACCUUUACUCGGCUUUUGAUUUCAACUGCCCUUGUCUGCCAGAGUACAACUUCCCUUACGCGAUUGGGAUUCUCUCGUUGCCCCCGUUCUUGCUGUUCCUGCUCGGCUUCGUAAUGAACAACAACGUGUCCAUGCUGGCAGAGGAGUGGAAGCGGCCAGUGGGGAAGCGCAGAAAGGACCCGGCGGUACUCCGCUACAUGAUCUGCUCUAUGACACAGAGGUCCAUGAUCGCCCCGAUUGUGUGGAUUUCGGUUACGUUGCUGGACGGGAAAUGCUUCGUCUGUGCCUUCAGCGUUAAUGUGCCGCUGGAAAAAUUCGGCAACGUCAGCGACCACGGGCUUUCCGACAUUGAUAUGCUAAGGCUGCUUGCCAGAAUCCCCUGCAAGGAACUCUUUGAUGGGCAUGCAGUUGUCUCCAGGGAUGUUGCGGUAAGAUACCUGCGCUGCAUUUCUCAGGCUUUUGGCUGGGCUUUUCUGCUGGUGACGACCAUACUGGCUUUCCUGGCGAGGGCAAUCCGGCCCUGCUUCACCCAGGCCGUCUUCCUGAAAACCAAGUACUGGUCUCACUACAUCGACAUCGAACGCAAGCUCUUCGAUCAAACCUGCACGGAGCACGCAAAGAGCUUCGCCAAGGUGUGCAUCCAGCAGUACUUCGAGGGCAUCAGCGGGGAGAUACGCCACCUCCACCAACAGCACAGGCCAGGGCACAACAGCAAGGAUUCGGACGAGGACAGCAAGGAUGACAUCGAGAAGCUGCGGGGGGUCACUGACCAGGAGGACAUGAACAAGGUGCUGAAGAACUGGCACAACUGCAAACCACCUCUCAACAUAGGCAAGACAGUGUAUCAGAACGGUCAUGGGUGCACUAAGCACAACAACCUGAACAACAAUCCCGCUCCACCCAGGAAAGAGGUCGUGGCCUACUAUAGUAAGGUUUGAGUGUAACAAAAUGCUGCGGGGUAGUGAAACCAAAAAUAAAACUUUUCGAGUAGAUAAUAACUAUAACUGGAAUCAGCCACAGAAAUUGCAUCAAAGGGAGAAUUCCCAUUGUGAUUCCAAUUCAGUAUUGGCACUGCCCACUAGGGGUCAACAUAGACAUGGAUGUGAUUUAUUGAGUUUGACAUCAUAUAAUAUUUUUAAUGCAGGGAAGUGGGACACAUUGAAAAUAAUAAAAAAUAUUUAAU